AUGUCCGAGGCCAGCUCAUACCAUCGUGACUACCGCAGCCAUCCGAGUCCGGACACGCGCUACUACGUAGAUCCCGGCGAGCACUCUUCCAGCCCCGUUCACAGAAACAGAUAUGAUAGUCACAGGCGACUGCAAGACGUAUCAUGGGUCUCUGCCAGCCAGCAGCCUCCCUCGCCAAUUCAUGACCCGUAUGCACGAUGGUACCCGCCUCCUCCAGUCGAGUCCGUAGACUUCCCCACGCCUUUAGUUCCGGGCCAACCACUCCCCGUGGCGCACUCCUCGCCCAUGAUGCGGCGAACUCCGUCGCCUGCCAUGCGAGUCACCCCCUCCCCAAUCAUCGGAGAAUACAUGACCGUGGAGGACGAAGAGGAAGAGGUGCCAGAAGUGCAUGAGGACUAUCGGGAGGUUGAUUUUGAUUUCUCUAACGCCCCUCAACAUCGCAUGGGCGUGCAGAAAGGUGCACGCCGCUGGGUCGGUGGCUUCGUCAAGGGUCUGCGCAAAUUUCCCGGCCUGCGUAAGUCCCCGCACCGUCCAUCACCCUCGAGCGACUUCGCAUCGUCGCUUGGUGCUCAGCAUGAGAAUGAUCCGCAAUUUCCGACCAUAUCGAGCUUGAAUUUGCGCCCGCUCACGCCCACUGCAAUUGCGCAGACCGCAGAAUUGAUGGACAUGCCCCAGCCCCAGUUGUAUCCGCAACCAUCGCCACAACAUCAUGCAUAUCCACAGUCGCCACAGCAUCAUACAUAUCCCCAGUUAUAUGCGCAUAAACCACCUCCCCCAGCAGCACCAUCGCCAGUAUAUGCUCCUGGAGCGGAUGUUGUCCCUCAAGGCCUCUCAACAGUUGACGAGCGCUCGAACGAGCUGACCGCAACACAAGAGUCACAUCCUCGCCCACAUUCCUCCACUGGUCAUGCUCAUUCUUCCCAUACUCAUACUCAUUCACAAUCACAAUCAUACUCGCAAUCUCAUUCAACCGUUCAGCCUGUCGUCCACAAUACCAGUGCACACGUCUCUCCAUUAUACCCGAAGCCGUCAACUGCCACCGUAACCGACUAUGUCACAGUUCCCCCGCCCUGGCUCUCUCCUCCCCCGGCCACGCGCAUCAAGCGCUUUCUGCACACCCUCGACCAACUCCCCUGGGUCGAGAACGAGCAAAUCGUCGAUGCCUACUUCCCGGGCCGUUCCUCCCGCCAUCGCCGCCACCCAGAUUCACCGGUGGAUGAUGGUAAACCUGCAGCUUCAUGGUAUAACAAGCGGCAUAAUUCCCUCCCGACGGAGAUGGGAAUGGGUCCCAGCAGCGCAUCGCUGUUGUACGGAUGGCCGGCCCAAAUGCAAAAAGGUUACUCGCAGCCAGGGAUGGUCUAUCCACAGUUCCCAUAUGCGUAUACGCCUGGACAGCCCACGUUCGUAUACCCGACUACAUUUCCGCCGGGGGCAUAUGUAGAAGCCCCUCGGGGAGCAAUAUACAAUGGAGAGUAUGAGAGAACUAUUGCCAUGGCGUGCCUUUCUGCGCAAGCCUGGCGCUUUAUAGCGACUACCAGUUCAAAGCUUUCUAAGAUCGGAGUGGGAUGGAAAAAAAUUCACAAUGAAUUUGACGUUGGUGUGCGGAUGCGCGUUACUUUGUCGCGGAGACCUUCACCACCGGACUUGCAGUCUGCCCGAGUCACGAUUGCUGCCGUACGUGGUGGUAGUACCAUAGCACAGAAGCACUAA